AUGUCCACCGUCACCUCCAUCGGCAUCGGCAACAUGGGCGCCGCCAUCGCCACGGCGCUGCUCAAGUCCUCGGUGAAGCUCACCCUCUGGAACCGCACGGCCUCGCGACCUCAGGUGCAGGCUGUCAUGGCGGCGGGCGCCACCUUCGAGUCCUCGCUGUCCGCCGCCAUCGCCGCCAGCGAGGUCGUCCUGCUCUGCGUGCUCGACUACCCCGUCCUUUCCGCCAUCUUCUCCCAGCUGGACCCUGCCACCCGCCCGCUGCAGGGCAAGACAGUGCUGAACCUGACCAACGGCACGCCCAAGCAGGCGCGCGACAUGGAGGCGUACAUGAAGACCACGCUCGGGGCCGCGGCCUACCUCGACGGCGGCAUCAUGGUCACGCCGCAGCUGGUAGGCACGCCGGCGUCCUUCCUCGUGCUCAGCGGCGAGUCGGAGGCCGUCUACCGCGCGCGCUUGGCAGACACGGCCCUGCUCGAGCCCGUCGGCAAGCUGCUGUACAUCUCGCCCGACGCCGGGGCGGCCAGCCUGGUGGACUGCGCGGCGCUCGCGGCCAUGUACGGCAUGUUCGUCGGCGCUUUCACGGGCAUCGGCUUGCUCAAGCGCCAGAAGGGCCUGGGUGACCAAGACGGGAAGAAGAAGGGGUUGGCCGUCAAGCCGCUUGUGGACGGGGUCAUGGUGUCCCUGCUGAAGGAGCUGGUGCCGUAUGUGAGCCUGCUUGCGGACCAGAUUGAUCGGGAGGAUUGGAUGGAUGAUUUGGGUAACCCGUUGGCGAUGCAGGCUGUCGGGGUCAGGAAUAUCAUGCAAUCGUGCGAGGAGGAGGGUGUUGAUGGAUCGGGAUUGGCAUUUCUCAGCGGACUGAUGGACAAGGCUGUGCAGGAUGGGUUUGGUACGGGUGGCGUGGCGGUUGUGGCCAAGUACUUGAUGAACAGUAGCGACCGCCCUCCAUAUGCGAUUCUGUCGCAUACCUGGGGUCCCGAGGAGGUGACCUUCCAGGAUAUCACAUCACCCGAACGCGCUCAGAAGAAGGGCUUUGCCAAAAUUGAAGGAUGUUGCCGCCGGGCCCGGGCAGAUGGCCUCCAUUGGGUCUGGGUCGACACCUGCUGUAUCGACAAGACGUCCAGCGCCGAGCUCUCCGAGGCCAUCAAUUCGAUGUACGCCUGGUACCGCGACUCUGCAGUUUGCUAUGUCUAUUUGAAAGAUGUAGUCAAGGGCGAUGGCUUCCCGUUAGAAGACUUUCUCUCAGCCCGCUGGUUUACCCGCGGUUGGUGCCUCCAGGAGCUUAUUGCACCAAGAGCGGUCGAAUUCUACGCUACGGACUGGUCUGAAAUUGGGACCAAGUUCAGCAGGUGCGAGGAUAUCGAACGCAGGACAUCAAUCCCUAGGUCGGUACUGCUACGCCAAGAUCUUGAUCAGUGCAGCAUCGCCCAGAAAACGUCGUGGGCAUCGGAAAGGCAAACCACCAGGAUCGAGGACGAAGCAUACUGUCUUCUUGGCCUCUUCGGCGUCCAUAUGCCCUUGUUAUAG